AUGGACCUUCAAGGACAUUAUGGAGUGUCUGCAGUGGGCAAGAAAAGGGAUAGGCUCUUAAAUCUGAUCUACAAUGGAAAAUUUCUUUUUUAUCUGUUUUUCAUUGGCAUAGCAGUGAGAGCUCAGAUCUGUCCAAAGCGUUGUGUCUGUCAGAUUUUGUCUCCUAAUCUCGCAACCCUUUGUGCCAAGAAAGGGCUUUUAUUUGUUCCACCAAACAUCGACAGAAGAACUGUGGAGCUGCGGUUGGCAGACAAUUUUGUUACAAAUAUUAAAAGGAAAGAUUUUGCCAAUAUGACUAGCUUGGUGGACCUGACUCUAUCCAGGAAUACAAUAAGUUUUAUCACACCUCAUGCUUUUGCUGACUUGCGAAAUUUGAGGGCAUUGCAUUUGAAUAGCAACAGAUUGACUAUUACAAACGAUAUGUUCAGUGGGCUUUCCAAUCUCCAUCAUUUGAUACUGAACAACAAUCAGCUGACUUUAAUCUCUUCUACAGCAUUUGAUGAUGUCUUUGCCCUUGAGGAGCUGGACCUGUCCUACAAUAAUUUAGAAACGAUUCCUUGGGAUGCAGUUGAAAAGAUGGUUAGCUUGCACACCCUUAGUUUGGAUCAUAAUAUGAUUGAUAAUAUUCCCAAAGGGACUUUCUCCCACUUGCACAAGAUGACUCGGCUUGAUGUAACAUCAAAUAAAUUGCAGAAGCUACCACCUGAUCCUCUCUUUCAGCGAGCUCAGGUACUAGCAACCUCAGGAAUAAUCAGCCCAUCAACUUUUGCAUUAAGUUUCGGUGGAAACCCUUUGCAUUGCAAUUGUGAAUUGUUGUGGUUGAGACGUCUGUCCAGAGAAGAUGACCUAGAGACUUGUGCUUCUCCAGCACUUUUAACUGGCCGCUAUUUUUGGUCAAUUCCUGAGGAAGAGUUUUUAUGUGAACCUCCUCAUACUCGUCAUACGCAUGAGAUGAGAGUGCUGGAAGGUCAAAGGGCAACCCUGAGGUGCAAAGCCAGGGGGGACCCUGAACCUGCAAUUCACUGGAUUUCUCCUGAAGGGAAGCUUAUUUCAAAUGCAACAAGAUCUCUGGUGUAUGAUAACGGAACACUUGAUAUUCUUAUCACGACUGUGAAGGAUACAGGUGCUUUUACCUGCAUUGCUUCCAAUCCUGCUGGGGAAGCAACACAAACAGUGGAUCUUCAUAUAAUUACUCCUCACUUACUCAACAGUACAAACCAUAUCCACGAGCCCGAUCCUGGUUCUUCAGAUAUCUCAACUUCUACGAAGUCAGGUUCUAAUGCAAGCAGUAGUAAUGGUGAUCCUAAAAUGAGUCAAGAUAAAAUUGUAGUAGCAGAAGCGACAUCAUCCACGGCACUUAAAUUUAAUUUUCAAAGAAAUAUUCCUGGAAUACGUAUGUUCCAAAUCCAGUAUAAUGGUACUUAUGAUGACACCCUUGUUUACAGAAUGAUACCUCCCACGAGCAAAACUUUUCUUGUCAAUAACCUGGCUGCUGCUGGAACUAUGUAUGACCUGUGUGUCUUGGCAAUAUAUGAUGAUGGCAUCACUUCGCUCACUGCCACGAGAGUCGUGGGUUGCAUCCAGUUUACUACGGAACAAGAUUAUGUGCGAUGCCACUUCAUGCAGUCCCAGUUUUUGGGAGGCACCAUGAUUAUUAUAUUGGUGGGAAUAAUUGUAGCAUCUGUGCUGGUUUUCAUCAUCAUCCUAAUGAUCCGGUAUAAGGUUUGCAACAAUAACGGGCAACACAAGGUCACCAAGGUCAGCAAUGUCUACUCUCAAACUAAUGGGGCUCAAAUCCAAGGCUGUAGUGUAACGCUGCCCCAGUCCAUGUCCAAACAAGCUGUGGACAUGAAGAGAAUGCCCAGUGUUUGUAAAGUUGCCAAUGACAAUGUGAUACAAUCUUCGGAAACUUGUUCAAGUCAGGACUCCUCUACCACUACCUCUGCUUUGCCUCCUACCUGGACUUCAAGCACUUCUGUGUCCCAGAAGCAGAAAAGAAAGACUGGCACAAAGCCAAGUACCGAACCACAGAAUGAAGCCGUCACAAAUGUUGAGUCCCAAAACACUAACAGGAACAACUCAACUGCAUUGCAGUUAGCUAGUCGACCUCCUGAUUCUGUCACAGAGGGGCCCACAUCUAAAAGAGCACAUUCAAAGCCAAAUGCUUUGCUGACUAAUGUUGACCAGAUUGUCCAGGAAACACAGAGGCUGGAGUUAAUCUGAAGAGCACUACUUCUUUCUCUCCU